AUGGCUACUCACCAAUCUCAAGUGAUUUCAACACGUUCGAGAAGCUCUGCAAGCCGAGAUACCAACGGAUCCGCCCUCUUUACCAGACCAAAGACAUCUCACCGAUCGAACGGCCCUCAGCCCAUUGCGACUUCGAACUGGGAAGCGGCGCCGGCUUCGAGUUUGGGGGCGGGGAAACGUGAAGGAGCCGAACGCGCCAAAGAGUGGCUAUUGCCUCAAGAGCGUGACUGCCGUUCAUUUGCUGUGCGAGAAUUCGACGCUUAUCAAGAAGCAGAGAAGCUACGCCACCAACAGAUGCUUGAGGAUGUCUUGAACGUGAAGUACUGA